CUCUCUCUCUCCCUCAGGACGGACCCCGACCUCUGACCUACGUCAGGAUGUUGUGGCUGCUGUUGUCGAUCUUCCUCCUGCACCUCACCACCGUCAUCCUCCUCUUCAUCGCCAGCACCAACACCCUCUGGGUGACCGGCGACAUUAGAAGCCGUGGUUUGUGGAGACAAUGUUUUACCGACGGCAACUGCUCCAGUCUCACCUCCGGUUACAGUCAACACGAUACCCAGCAGGUUGUCCAGGCGGCCAUGAUUCUGGCCGUGAUCUUCACCUGUUUGUCGCUGCUCAUUUUCCUGUGUCAACUCUUCACCCUGAAGAAAGGGCAACGUUUCAUUGUCACUGGGAUCUUCCAGCUCAUCUCCUGUCUGUGUGUGAUGAUUGGUGUAACUGUCUUCACAAAGUGCUUCCCACCUGAUGUCAACCAAUGGUUCAGUUCUGGGUAUAUCUUGGCUUGGAUUUCCUUCGUCCUGACUCUCGCCAGCAGCUCCAUGUACUUCAUCCUCCGGAAGCGGGAAUAGGAUCUGGCUUUUCCCCCGGGAAGGUCCCAGCCCGGACACACACACGAGUCUCCACUGGGGGGGAGGUGGGAAAUUGAGUGACUUGCCUUACCCUGACCUGACCAGUCCCAGGACUGUUUUGACCCCAGCCUUUGCCCCUCGCUGUGUUUAACUGGAUUUUUUUAUGCCCUUUUAAAUGGGAAAUUGUUAUUUUUAUACCCACUCAAACCCACAUUAAUACUUUUAUAGAGAUAUAUUUUUCUUGAUUUUAUAAUCUCGCUCUCCUCAACACAUUUUAU